AUGCCGCCUACUGAUUCUAAGGCAAUCCGCCUUGAGCUCAAGCGACAGACACGCAUUUUCACUCAACAUCUCAGCAGACAAGCAAUGGAGAAGGUGUCUGCCAUUGGCGGCAUGGCUGGGUCCCUAGGUAAUGUCCAUGUCACGACAAAAGAUAGGCAGUGGAUCCCUUCGGCAUCAGAUGCGAACAAAGGAAGCUGGAGACAGGAGACGGAGCAUGCGUCGACAUUUGUGUUAACGUGUCCGCCCGCCUUCAACUGGCCCAGUCUCAAUAUCGCUUACAGCCUGUCUCUUCACAUACAGUUCGGAGGAUGGAAUACCACCCUGAGCACAGACGUGCCGAUUGUGGUUACCUCUGGGAUGAUCCUACCACCUAUGCCAGCACCUGCCUACGUGGAUCAUGCAGCGCCGCCCGAUGGCGCACCUGCGGCGAAUGGAGCGGACUACGCACUACUGCACUCCACGUUAGAUUUACCUCCCUCAUACUGGACUGUGGCAGAAUCAGACAAUCAUGCAGAUUGA